AUGAAACUCCUUGCUUCUGUUUUCGGGGGCUUGCGCAUAUCCGCAUUACCAAAACCUUUCCAAGUUGCUCCCAGGUUAUACUCCACAGCAGCUGCAUCUUCUGAAACAGGUGCUAAACCAUUCGCGAGCGGACACAACCUUGAUUCAAUCUUAACUGAAAAGAGAAAGACCACCAAACACAUUCUUUCGAGGAAAACGUUCUUGGUCGACUACUAUACACACCUCAACAGGACCAACGAAAUUGUGUUGUACGUGCAUCACAAUAAUCUUGUCAAGACUGAAAACAAAAAGUUCAGAACGGAAUUGUCCAAGAACGGUGCCAAGUUAACUCUUAUUAGAAACAGCAUAUAUAACGUUUUCUUGAAGUCCGAGAAUGAAGCUGACCCUGCAGACGAACAAACCAGCAAAAAGAAUAAAGAUGUCAAGCAUCCAAUAGCACCAUUGUUAAAUGGACCAACUGCUAUCAUCACGGUUCCUAAAUGUGAACCUCAGGUCGUUGAGAAGAUCUUGAAGACUCUAAAGGGUGCCAAUGAAAAAUUGAUUUUGAUAGGUGCCAAGAUUGAGCAGCAAGUUUUCAAUAUAGAUCAGGUUGACGAGUUCAAGAAGUUGCCAUCUAAGGAAGAUUUGCAAGCUCAAUUGUUGGGUACGUUGACUGUAUUGGGAGGUAGCGGAUUAGUACAAGUGUUAGAAACCCCAGCAAAGUUGUUGUACUUAACUGGUAAAGAGCUUGUUAAGAUGAACGAAGAAGAAAGUGACUAG